AUGGCAUCACUUCCAUUGGUAAAAAUCUGCGGUCUCCAAUCAGUCGAAGCGGCCCAGGUGGCCCUCGACUCCGGUGCCGACUUGCUUGGGAUCAUUCUCGUGCCCGGCCGUUCACGGACCAUCGAUACGGCUGUGGCCCAGCAAAUUGCGCAGUUGGUACAGAGAAAAAGGCGCAAGAAUGCUGUUGCCUCCACCAAAUUGAUAAAGACUGUCAACGCCACCUAUGACGAAAAUGCCGACCCGGACCACGUCUAUUUCCAGACCAUUGCACAGGCGCUCAUCCACAACGGCCCCUACUUGGUAGGAGUCGUGCAGAAUCAGACGAUUGGGCUGAUAAAUAAGCUCGCCAUUACCAUAGGGCUUGACUUUAUCCAAAUUCACGGCAAGGAGUCGCGCUCGCGCGCCUCCAUUGCGCAGUACGUUGUGCCUGUGAUCAGCCGCGUUGUACUCACCAACGACAACUUAGCGGACCUCCAGAGAGAACAGACUCUGGUGGAGGAUAACCACUUGAACCUUUCUUUGGCGUGCACCCCGCGUAACCACGCACUUGUGUUGAUGGACAGCGAGGUGGGCGGUGAAGGAAAGACCAUUGACUGGAGCUCGUGCGCGCGCUUCUACGAGCUCAGCAAGACUAAAUACAUUUUGGCAGGCGGAUUAACGCCGGAUAACGUACAAGCCGCGUUGGAAGAGAAUUCCGCGGGGGUGUUGGGCGUGGACGUCAGCGGCGGCGUGGAAACUGACGGCAAGAAGGAUAUGCGUAAAAUCAGACAGUUUGUCGAAAACGCCAAGGCGUGGGGGAAGUAA